CCGCUUGCUCGGCCCUUUCUGCCCUGUCAUCUGCCCCGGUGAAGCUCAACUCUGGAGUGGGGCUGUCCGAAACGCUCCUGACCACAAGCCGGACUCCACCCAGCAGGGAGGGAAAGGAAACAGAUUGGGCGGAAUACCGUGCCUCACCACCAGCAGCGGAGCUCGAAGGUCUUCCGCUGAAGAACCAUCCAGACUCUGAUGCCGAGGUGAACUUAGAUCACUCCUGGGAGAGGUCAGUGUGCGGGAACGCCAGCCGCCCCUCCCCCCAUUUCUCUCCUUCUCCUUGAUAUAGCCCGAACAUGGGCAACGUGCAGGAGCGGCCAUCGGAGACCAUUGACCGGGAACGGAAACGGCUGGUAGAUACGUUGCAGGCUGACUCUGGGCUGCUGCUGGACGCGCUGGUGGCCCGGGGCGUGCUCACCGGGCCUGAGUAUGAAGCCUUGGAUGCGCUGCCUGAUGCAGAGCGCAGGGUGCGCCGCCUGCUGCUGCUGGUGCAGAGCAAGGGCGAGGCAGCUUGCCAGGAGCUACUGCGCUGUGCCCAGCAUACUGUGCGUGUGCCAGACCCCGCCUGGGAUUGGCAGCACGUGGGGCCUGGCUACCGGGACCGCAGCUAUGACCCUCCAUGCUCAGGCCACUGGACGCCUGAGGCACCCAGUUCAGGGAUCACAUGUCCUGGGCUGCCGAGAGCUUCAGAGCAAGAGGAGGUCGGAGGUCCUGAGGGCUCUGAGGCAGUGCAAUCUGGAACUCCAGAGGAGCCAGAACUAGAAGCUGAAGCCUCUGAAGGGGAUGAACCGGACCUGGAACAACAAACGGAACCGGAACCAGAGCCAGAGGUAGAACCAGAGCCUGAACUAGAACCGGCGCCGGAGCCGGAGCCGGAGCCGGAGCCGGAGCCGGAGCCCGAGGAGCCUGACUUCCAAGAAGAUGAGUCUGAAGAUUCCUGAAGGCCAGAAUCCUGACCUGUACAAAUCCUAUCCAAGCUGGAUAAGACCUGGGAACCUG